AUAGGGGAGUUUUGUUUUUUGUAAGACAAGAGUUGAUUGCAUUCCAAGAAUACUCGUAAGGUAUUUGUUUCCCACGACGCAAUAGUUCCAAAGUAUGUGGGCAAUGUUGCGAUGCUUAAAUAUAUGCUUUAAAGGGUAGCGACCCUCCAUGAAGGCGCAGUCAGAGAGAGAGGAGUUUUAUGCAGCUUUCAUUCACUAAUCACUGCCUAUUUCUCGUGAAGCUUACAACUCACAAGGCAAACAAUUUCCUUCCCAAUUUUCUCCAGCCCGCAAAUCUGUCUCUCUCAUUCACUGGCUCUGUGACACAGAGAAAAACACCUGGUCCGUGAAUCCUGACUCCUGUACCAAAACAUUGUACGCUGGAACCUGCUGCCUUCUCUCAUUUCUUCACUUUUAUUCAGGGAAGUCGUUGCUUCUUCAUUCUAUCGCCCUGCAGUCAUUUUCUUAUCUUGGGGAAGCAUGCACAUAUCAUUCGCAAUCCACUCUUCAUAAUGUACCCUUCUCCUUGUCUUGCCCCAUCGUUCUAAUAUUCCUUGGAUAUGGAUUUUUAACUUUAGACCCUUAAAUCUUUCGGGUAUGCCUUUUAUGCCCCAGAACUAAGGAGUAGCCACACUCCGUUGUUAUCCAUAGGUUUCAGCCUUUCAAGCAAUCUUAACUUGGUUUCUUGAAGGAGUUAAUGUGUGAUAUGGGGCUGCAGAGAAGCUUGGAAUCUUCAUCGAAGGAGGUGAUGCAUGCAGUAAAGAUUAAUUUUUAAUUCUAAUUCCUCGGGUUUGCAAGGAAAGUGGGAUUUGUUGAGGGUGAAGGGGGGAAAACAGAAGAAUCAAAGUGGUGUUGAUGCUGUAGUAGUACGGUUAGACCUUUAAGCGAAGAAGCUCUGAGACGUGAAGGAAGAACAUUGUACGGUGAUGGAAAUUCCGCACUUGUUGUGUCUUGUGGUCGCUUGGUAUGUGUCAAAAUCUGGUCUUGUAGUUGUGGGUGCUGAGCUACAGGAUCAAACUAUACUUCUUGCCCUUAACCAAGAGCUUAAAGUACCAAGAUGGGACACCAACAACUCAAGUUACUGCUCUUGGCAAGGCGUUAGCUGCAAUGACCGCUCAAUGGUAGUGAAGAUCGAUCUGUCUCAUGCAAACCUCCGAGGUAAUGUCACUCUAGUGUCCCAGCUCAAAGCUCUUAGGCAGCUUGACCUUUCAAAUAACAAUUUUCAUGGUUACAUUCCUCCGGCUUUUGGAAAUUUAUCCGAUCUUGAAGUUCUUGAUUUGUCUUCAAAUAAGUUCGAAGGUUCAAUUCCACCAGAAUUGGGCGGCCUAAGAAAUCUUAUGUCGUUAAACCUUUCCAACAACGUGCUUGUGGGAAAAAUACCAAGUGAACUUCAUGGACUAGAGAAAUUGCAGGAGUUUCAAGUCUCUAGUAAUCAACUGAAUGGAUCUCUACCUUCUUGGCUGGGAAACUUAACCAAUCUGAGAGUUUUGGCUGCCUAUGAGAAUCUUCUAGGUGGCAUGAUUCCGGAUAAUCUUGGCUUGGCUUCUGAGCUUGAAAUUCUUAACCUGCAUUCAAACCAACUUGAAGGCCCUAUACCGGCAAGCAUUUUUACUUCAGGAAAGCUGGAAGUUCUGGUUCUGACCCAGAACAAUUUGAGUGGUGAUCUUCCUCAAGAACUCGGGAAUUGCCAAGGCCUUUCCAAUAUCCGAAUUGGGAACAACCAUCUAGUAGGUGCUAUUCCUAAGACCAUAGGAAACAUUAGUAGUCUCACCUACUUUGAAGCAGACAAUAACAAUCUUUCUGGUGAGGUAGUGUCUGAGUUUUCUCAGUGUUCUAAUCUCACCCUUCUGAACUUAGCUUCGAACGGAUUCAGUGGAACGAUUCCACCAGAACUUGGACAGCUUAUGAACUUGCAGGAAUUAAUUCUUUCUGGAAAUAGCCUAUUUGGAAAUAUUCCGGAGUCAAUUUUGAGGUGUAGGAAUCUUAACAAGCUUGAUAUAAGCAAUAACAGGUUCAAUGGAACACUACCAACUGACAUCUGCAAGUUGUCCAGGCUGCAGUUCUUGCUAUUGGGUCAGAAUUCCAUUGGAGGGGAGAUCCCUCAUGAAAUUGGAAAUUGUGCAAAACUUCUUGAGUUGCAAAUGGGCGGUAACUAUUUGACUGGAAUUAUCCCUUCCGAGAUUGGUCACAUUAGGAACUUGCAGAUUGCUUUAAAUUUGAGCUUUAAUCAUCUUCAUGGAUCACUGCCUCCUGAGUUAGGAAGACUGGACAAACUUGUCUCUCUUGAUGUUUCGAACAACAGACUCUCAGGCAAUAUCCCAGCUGAGCUGAAGGGUAUGUUGAGCUUGAUAGAGGUUAACUUUUCAAAUAAUUUGCUCAGCGGCCCAGUACCAGCAUUUGUGCCAUUCCAAAAGAGUCCCAAUUCAAGUUUUGUGGGUAAUAAAGGGCUCUGUGGAGAGCCAUUAAACUCUUCAUGUGGAGAUAUUUAUGAUGACAGCAAUAACUACCAUCAUAGGGUUUCUUACAGAAUCGUACUUGCGGUAAUUGGUUCUGGUUUGGCAGUUUUUAUGUCAGUUACUGUGGUGGUCUUGCUGUUUAUGAUUAGAGAAAGGCAAGAAAAAGCCGCCAAAGAUGCUGGGAUGGUUGAUGACGAAACUAAUAACAAACCAACCAUAGUAGCAGGGAGUGUCUUUGUUGAGAAUCUAAGACAAGCUGUAGACCUUGAUGCGGUUGUUAAGGCAACCCUCAAGGAUUCUAAUAAGCUCAGCAGUGGUACUUUCAGUACAGUUUACAAGGCAGUCAUGCCUUCUGGGAUGGUUUUAUCUGUUAGGAGACUCAAGUCCAUGGAUAAGACAAUAAUCCACCACCAAAACAAGAUGAUUAGGGAACUUGAGAGGCUGAGCAAACUCUGUCAUGACAAUCUGGUUCGGCCCAUCGGAUAUGUUAUUUAUGAAGAUGUUGCUCUUCUCUUGCAUCAUUUUUUACCCAAUGGAACAUUGGCCCAGUUUCUUCAUGAAUCUAGCAAGCAACCUGAAUAUCAACCCGACUGGCCUACUAGAUUAUCCAUUGCCAUCGGCGUUGCAGAAGGUCUGGCUUUCCUGCAUCAUGUGGCAAUUAUCCACCUUGACAUUUCUUCUGGUAAUGUUCUUCUAGAUGCAAAUUUCAAGCCUUUGCUUGGGGAGAUUGAGAUAUCAAAACUUCUCGACCCAACCAGAGGUACCGCAAGCAUUAGUGCUGUUGCUGGUUCCUUUGGAUACAUACCACCAGAAUAUGCAUAUACAAUGCAAGUCACAGCACCUGGCAAUGUCUACAGUUAUGGUGUAGUUCUACUUGAGAUCCUGACGUCACGACCCCCAGUUGAUGAGGAUUUCGAUGAGGGCAUAGAUUUGGUGAAGUGGGUUCAUAGUGCUCCAGUCAGAGGGGAAACUCCAGAGCAGAUACUCGAUUCAAGGCUUAGCACAGUAUCAUUUAGUUGGAGGAAAGAAAUGCUUGCUGCUUUGAAGGUUGCAUUGCUCUGCACUGAUACUACACCUGCUAAACGACCUAAGAUGAAGAAGGUAGUGGAAAUGCUUCAAGAAUUGAGGCAAGAUUGAGCACACUGGAAUUAAAGUUCUCUGGUGAUAUGAUCCGUGUCGUUGAGGAUCUCAGAUAUCUCAAGGCCAUUACUGACGUUAGAUCUUCAUCAUGCUCCUCCUACAUGAUUGUCCAAGAGGAUUAGUUUUUAAAAUGAGAGGUUCGUUUCUGAGAGGCUGAAAACUGAAGAAGAUAUAUACACUGCAAGAAAGCCUCGUGAUUAAGACAGGAAAGCUCAGUUCAUCUAUCAUAUUAACUUCCCCGCAGUUUGCAACAUGUAAUUUUCUGUUCUGGGAGACGCAUACAACAAUUAAAUGUUAGUAUUGAUCGAAAGUUCCUACUUUUAUGUUGAGUUCGCAGUUUGUGCAUUUGAACACUCAUCCAUGCAUACUAUAAACAACCAUUAUAAUUUACGUUCA